AUCACUUAAAUCACAUGACUCUCUGAACUCUCCCUCUCUCUCCCUCUCCCUCUCUUUCUCAGAAAUCUCAGAAGUCCAUGGCGAGAACUCUGAUUUCAUCGUCUCCGUUCAUCGACUCUGGACUCCCGUCGUUAAUCUCUCGCCAUGGCCGCAAGACUAUUUUUCCCCGUAGGCUCGCUGCUGCUACGAGAGUCAGGGUCAGCUUGAACGAAAUCCCUCCGAUUCACUCUUUUGACUCCUCUGUUGACUUCCAAGCGAUGGUUAGCAAAGCCGAGAGCCUCCUAUACACGCUUGCUGACGCCGCCGUUGCUGUUGAUUCCGCUGCAACGGAUGCUGCCCCUCAGAAGAGCGGCGGUUGGUUCGGUUUUAUCUCAGAUUCAAUGGAAUUCGUUCUUAAGGUGCUGAAAGAUGGGUUUGCGGCUCUGCACGUUCCUUAUGCAUAUGGUUUUGCGAUUAUACUCCUUACAGUUAUUGUUAAGAUCGCCACAUUGCCAUUGACAAAACAACAGGUUGAAUCAACGUUGGCUAUGCAAAAUCUUCAACCAAAGAUAAAAGCUAUUCAACAAAGAUAUGCAGGGAAUCAGGAGAGAAUACAACUUGAGACAUCCCGUUUAUACAGGCAGGCUGGAAUUAAUCCUUUGGCUGGCUGCUUACCUACUUUGGUUACAAUACCAGUCUGGAUAGGUCUAUAUCAAGCUCUUUCAAACGUGGCAAAUGAAGGACUCUUGACAGAAGGAUUCUUUUGGAUCCCUUCUUUGGGUGGGCCAACUACUAUUGCUGCUCGACAAAGUGGAUCAGGCAUUUCUUGGCUUAUUCCAUUCGUGGAUGGUCAUCCACCAUUAGGUUGGAAUGAUACUGCUGCAUACCUUGUUUUGCCUGUGCUUCUUGUUGUUUCUCAAUAUGUAUCAAUGGAGCUCAUGAAGCCUCCCCAGACAGAUGAUCCCGCCCAAAAGAAUACGCUGCUUGUUUUCAAGUUCCUUCCCCUCAUGAUUGGUUACUUUUCCUUGUCUGUCCCAUCCGGGUUAUCAAUUUACUGGUUCACAAACAACAUCCUUAGUACGGCGCAACAAGUAUGGCUGCGCAAAUUAGGUGGUGCAAAACCUGUUGUUAAUGAGAAUGCAAGUGGAAUUAUAACUGCUGGUCGUGCAAAACGAUCAGCUGCUCAGCCAGCACAGCCAGCUGAAAGGUUCAGACAAUUAAAAGAAGAAGAGAAGAUGAAGAAAUUGAGCAAGGCACUGCCUACAGAAGAAGUUCAGGCCUUGAAUUCUGCAUCUGAUUCUGAUGAGGACUUGGAUGAAGAUUCUAAUGACAAGAGCGAGGAGGCUCUGGAAGAGGCAUAUGCUUCCAAUGUAAACAAACAGGUGCCUAACAUUUCUCGGCCAAGAAGAAGCAAGAGAUCAAAGCGGAAGCGUGCUGUGUAAAAGUAUGCUGAAGGUUUUGUAGUUUACGGACAUUCACAAUAAAUCAUCAUGUAACCAGAGGUAAUAUCUAACUUUACUGCUUAAUCUUGCUGCAAGUUCAUUGGCAGUACCUGCAGAUGCUUGUUCAUUGAUCAUUACAUGCUUCAACUGUUCUAUAGUUGCUCUUUUGCAUCAAGUAGGUUCAUUUAUACAUAUUCUGACGCAUCCAUUCCGUCAUGAGGAGUCAGAGAAGCAAAGCAACUCUUGUCUAGAAGGGUUACAGAAAUGAAAAUUUAAUAGAUUUAAAAUUUAUUAAAGCUACGGUUAUAUAGGAAGCUAAAUGAUUAACAUUCUGACCCGAACGGGCUAUUAUUCAUAUCAUUAAAAAGUCAAAACCAUGUAUGAUUGUUACUUCGUUUGGCUGCAUAUGCAUCGAUUUUUAUAAUG